GAGACGUCAGUAACGUCGGCAUGAGAAGAAGAAAGAGAAACAGCUUCACACUCAGAGCUGAGUUGUGCUAACAGGCGAGGAAAAUGAUUGUUCCAGCACUCUUCGUUAUUCCUCGCAGGCAGGACGAUGCCACGAAGUGCCCGUUUUGUUUGUAAGAUGAAGAGAAGAAGCUAGCUAGCUAGCUAAGCCACACUGCCUGACAGCCAACGUCAUUAGCCUGUCGCUAACUGCUUAACGCUACUUCCUAUGGUUACUUCCCUUUAAGUAGCUAAGAGAGAGCAAUCAUGACGCAGAAAGUCAAUCUGUGUUCCGUUUCCCUUGGUGUGGAGGGUAUGACUUGUGGCUCCUGUGUCCAGUCUAUAGAGCAGCGCAUCGGGUCGCUGCCUGGAGUGAUACAUAUAAAGGUAUCCUUAGAGCAGAAGAGUGCCACUGUCAUAUUUGACCACAGCCAACAGGGCCCAGAGUCUCUGUCGGAGGCCAUCGAGGACAUGGGCUUUGAAUCAAGUCUAUCAGGCUCCAGCACAGCCACACCCGUCUCUACAGAUACCCAGCUGAUCCCCACCUCCUGCCUGACACCUGCAACCCAACAGGAGGCUUUGGAGAAGCUAUCCCAGAUUCAGGGAGUGUUGGAUGUCAGAGAGAGCCCAGCUCUCAUGGGUUUCACUGUUACCUUUGUUCCUUCCCUGACUUCUUUGCAGCAGCUGAGUGAGGUGGUGGCCAGUGUAAAGCCUCUGGAGGUCCCAACACCCAGCGGCCAAAUGCAAAAAGGCCAAACUUUGUCUCCAUCUCACACCACGGCAGGAGGGGUUGCACUCCUUAAGUUGAGCAUUGAAGGAAUGACCUGUCACUCCUGCACCACCACUAUUGAAGGGAAGAUUGGAAAACUGAAAGGGAUUGAAAGGAUCAAAGUUGUUUUAGAGACUCAGGAAGCUGCAAUCGUGUAUCUGCCUUACCUCAUCACUAUCCAAACCAUCACCGACCAGAUUGUUGUGGCCGGCUUCAAGGCAUUUGUCAAGUCUAAGCCUCGUCCUCUGCAGCUGUCCCCCAGCGAAAUUGAACGUCUUGUUGAUUCUCAAAAACAAACUGUCUCUUCACCAUCAGAGACAGAGGAGAGCGAAGUCUUCAUAGACACAACACUUGUCACGCUCAGGGUGAAAGGCAUGCACUGCCGUUCGUGCGUGGUGAAUAUCCAAGACAAUAUCUCUAAGCUGCCUGGUGUCUCUUCUGUGGAGGUCUCUCUGGAGAAGGAGAAGGCCUCCAUCUGCUACGAUCCUCUAAAGGCCACUGUGACUCAGUUGCAGCAGGCCAUUGAGGAGCUCCCUCCAGGAAACUUUAAGAUUCAACCCUGGGACUCUUCUGGGCCUCUCAGUCCUGUUUCCAUAUCACCCACGCCUACUUUUUUGCCAUCUAGGCCUGCACGUGCAACCCAGGCCAAACCUGCUGCCUCCCAGCCUUGUAUUACCCAGCCUUUAGCAUCCGUAGUUAAUAUUCACAUUGAGGGUAUGACAUGCAACUCCUGUGUCCAGUCCAUUGAAGGCAUGAUCUCCCAAAGGAAGGGGGUGAUGUCAGCCCAGGUUUCUCUUGCUGAUCACCAGGGGACUUUUGAGUAUGAUCCCCUCCUGACCACACCAGAGGAGCUGAGGGAGGCUAUAGAGGACAUGGGCUUUGAUGCCUUCCUACCUGAGACCAAUUCUCUGCUGCCUGCACCAAAUUGCAGUCUCUUAAAGUCUUCGAGUCUAGCACAUUCGAAAGAUAAGGAGCUGGACAGUGACCUACACAAAGAAACCCCACAGGGACGCAAUGGAGACUCACACUCUAAAUGCUUCAUCCAAAUUGGAGGGAUGACUUGUGCUUCUUGUGUGGCAAACAUCGAGAGAAACCUCAAGAAUGAACAUGGUAUCUACUCAGUUCUGGUAGCACUAAUGGCUAGUAAAGCAGAGGUGCGAUAUAAUCCUGAGCUCAUUGACCCGGGGAAGAUAGCUGAGUGUGUGAAAGAGCUGGGCUUCACUGCCUCCGUUAUGGAGAACUAUGAAGGUUCAGAUGGAAACCUAGAACUAGUGGUCAGGGGAAUGACGUGUGCCUCUUGUGUUCACAAAAUCGAAUCCAGCCUCAUGAGAGAAAAAGGGAUUAUAUAUGCCUCUGUUGCCUUGGCAACCAACAAAGCACACAUUAAGUAUGACUCAGAAAUUAAAGGGCCGCGAGACAUCAUCAAGCUGAUCGAGAAUCUGGGGUUUGAAGCAUCUUUGGUAAAGCGAGACCGCACUGCCAGUCACCUGGACCACAGCAAAGAGAUACGACAGUGGAGGAAAUCUUUCCUGGUGAGCUUGAUUUUCUGUGUGCCUGUAAUGGGCAUGAUGACCUACAUGAUUAUCAUGGACCACUACAUGAAUGUUUCACAUCAACACAACGCCACAGUCGAGGACCGCAACCAUUACCAUGCCACCAUGUUCCUGGAGAGACAGCUACUCCAUGGCCUCUCCAUCAUGAACCUCCUCUCCUUCCUAUUUUGUGUGCCUGUACAGUUUAUUGGAGGUCGCUACUUCUACAUUCAAGCCUACAAAGCACUCAAACACGGAUCUGCCAACAUGGAUGUGCUAAUAGUUCUGGCUACCACCAUUGCCUUUACCUACUCACUGGUCGUCCUUAUAGUGGCCAUGGUGGAGAAGGCAAAAGUCAACCCCAUCACCUUCUUCGACACACCGCCUAUGCUCUUUGUCUUCAUCUCCCUGGGGCGGUGGCUGGAGCAGAUAGCCAAGAGCAAGACAUCUGAGGCUUUGUCCAAGCUGAUGUCUCUACAAGCGACUGAGGCCACAGUGGUCACUCUCAGCAGUGACAAGUCCCUUCUCAGUGAGGAGCAGGUGGAUGUUGAGCUGGUGCAAAGGGGCGAUGUGGUGAAAGUGGUUCCUGGAGGGAAGUUUCCAGUAGAUGGGAGGGUCAUCGAGGGACACUCCAUGGCUGAUGAGUCUUUGAUCACAGGUGAGGCCAUGCCAGUGACUAAGAAGCCCGGGAGCUCUGUGAUUGCAGGCUCCAUUAACCAGAAUGGCUCUCUGCUCGUCAGUGCUACACAUGUUGGCAUGGACACCACGCUGUCUCAGAUUGUCAAACUGGUAGAGGAGGCUCAGACUUCAAAGGCUCCCAUCCAGCAAUAUGCAGAUAAGAUCAGUGGCUACUUUGUACCAUUCAUUGUUGGCAUAUCCCUCCUCACGCUGAUUGCCUGGAUCAUCAUUGGGUUUUUAGACUUCUCUCUAGUGGAGAAGUACUUUCCUGGAUACAACAAGAGCAUUUCCAGGGCCGAGGCAGUGAUUCGCUUCGCCUUCCAGGCCUCCAUUACUGUAUUAUGCAUAGCAUGUCCAUGUUCCCUUGGCUUGGCAACCCCGACAGCUGUCAUGGUGGGGACAGGGGUUGGAGCCCAAAAUGGCAUCCUGAUUAAGGGAGGAGAGCCACUUGAGAUGGCGCAUAAGAUCCAGACGGUGGUGUUUGAUAAGACUGGGACCAUCACGUAUGGUGCUCCAACGGUUGUCGAAGUCAAGAUAGUUGUGGAGGGGAACAAAAUGCCUUGUUCCCGACUGCUGGCUAUCGUGGGCACCGCUGAGAACCACAGUGAACACCCUCUGGGAGCUGCUAUCACCAAAUACUGCAAACAGGAGCUUGGCACGGAGUCUCUUGGUGCCUGCACCGACUUUCAGGCAGUGCCGGGCUGUGGCAUCCGAUGUCAGGUCAGCAACACAGAGAACCUGCUGAAACAGGCAGACAGCGACAGCGAGGACAACAACCAGCGCAACAGUGUUCUGGUCCAGAUCAGCGAUAACCAGAUGUCCACCAGCUCCCAUCCACUUAUCAUGGACCCACAGCCACAAAGCCAUGUCCAGACAGCCUCCUAUGUUGUCCUGAUUGGCAAUAGAGAGUGGAUGAGGAGGAAUUGCCUGCAGAUCAGACCAGAUCUAGAUGAGGCCAUGAUGAAGCAUGAGCGCAGAGGAUGCACUGCUGUUCUAGUAGCUGUAGACAAUCUGCUGUGUGCGAUGAUAGCCAUAGCAGACACAGUAAAACCAGAGGCUGAGCUGGCAGUCCGCACUCUGACCAGCAUGGGUCUGGAAGUUGUGCUGAUGACCGGAGACAACAGCAAGACCGCACGAGCCAUUGCUGAGCAGGUGGUAUCAGACAGUGUUUGCCGAGGUGUUGCCCUCCCACAAGGUGGCUAAGGUGGAACAGCUGCAGCAGGCUGGAAAGAGAGUAGCGAUGGUGGGCGACGGUGUCAACGACUCACCUGCUCUAGCCAUGGCUGACGGUGGCAUUGCCAUAGG